AAUUUGUUGAAGCGAAUAGAAUCCUGUAACUCUGCGUAAACAACAUUCCUGACUCAAACGACGUGGUUCGAAUUUCAAUAUUCCAGUCCACUGAGCUGUGAGCACACCCUAGAUUCCACUUUACUCCUCCGGAAGGCAUCGGGAGCGAAGAGGAAAUGGCAACGAGGCAAAUGGAAGAAAUACAGAAGAAACUUGCGACGCUGAAUUACCCGAGAGCCAAUGCUCCUGCGCAGUCUCUCCUCUUCGCUGGCAUGGAGCGCUACGCCCUUCUCGAGUGGCUCUUCUUCCGACUAUUGGGUGAUAAAUCACCAUUCUCGCAACAAAGUCAGCAAGGGGAUACCAUUGUUCGCGACGAAGAGACUUCUCGCAUCCAAUAUUUGGCGGAGAUUGCAAAGUUUCUGGGAUUUACAACUACUAUAGAUACAGAAGCCAUCCAAGUACGAGGAAGCUAUGAAGAUCGCACUGAAAUGCUUCGUCUUAUAGUUGAUCUUGUAGAGGCAAGCAUCUAUGCUGAUAGUCCAGAAUGGAGCAUCGAUGAGCAGGUGAACAAGGAUAUACAACUUAUAGAUUCUAUUGCAGAAAAACAAGCUCAAAUAUUCUUCGAGGAGUGCAAGUUGUUCCCUGCAGAUGUUCAAAUUCAAUCAAUAUAUCCACUGCCAGAUGUUUCUGAGUUGGAGUCGAAGCUUUCAGAACAAUCAAAGAUACUAUUGAAUCUUCAACUAAAGGUUGACGAUUUGGCAUCAAAGCAUGCUUACAACCCAAAUGAGGAGUAUGCAGAGGUGGAAUCCCAAUUGAGGGCACAUUUGGAAUCUUUUCUAGAAACUGCAAGAUCAUUCAAUAUGAUUUACACCAAGGAAAUUCGUCCUUGGACGCAUAUGAUGGAGGUACCACAGCUCCAUGGGUUUGGCCCUGCUGCCAAUCGCUUAUUGGAGGCAUACAAGAUGCUUUUGAAGGUAUUUUUCUUUGUAGUUUAUUGGCAUGUUGUAUCGUUGGUUUUAUGCUUUUCCUUUUAUAUGGCUGUGAUUGUGAACAUCUCUCUAUUAGGUUUCUUUUAG